UCUCGCCUAUUUCCAUUCAGCAGCUUCGAAUUCUCUCAGCUUUAAAUCUCCUCCAUAACGCUUGCUCGACCUAUUGCCGUUGCGUCGGCAUCUAGCCAGUCAAUGAGCGCACACCCAUCUUCAGCAGAGAGUGCAGGAGGUUCUUCAUCCGCAUCAAAUGUAGUAGGCGUCCAUUAUAGAGUCGGUAAAAAGAUAGGCGAAGGCUCUUUUGGUGUCAUCUACGAAGGUACCAACCUACUCAAUAACCAACAAGUGGCCAUAAAAUUUGAGCCUCGCAAAUCUGAAGCUCCACAACUGCGAGAAGAGUACCGCACAUAUAAGAUUUUGAAUGGAUGCCAUGGUGUACCCAAUGCCUAUUAUUUUGGCCAAGAAGGCAUGCACAAUAUACUGGUAAUUGACAUGUUAGGUCCGAGCUUAGAGGACUUGUUUGAUAUGUGCGGUCGCCAAUUUUCUCCAAAAACGGUUGCUAUGGUCGCCAAACAAAUGUUGAAUCGGGUAGAAACGUUGCACGAACACAACCUGAUAUACAGAGAUAUCAAACCAGACAACUUUUUGAUCGGCAGGCCAGGAACCGACACAGCCGAUCUUGUUUUCAUGAUUGACUUUGGCAUGGCCAAGCAAUAUCGUGACCCAAAAACCAAACAGCAUAUCCCUUACCGCGAACGAAAGAGUUUAUCCGGUACAGCUCGCUACAUGAGUAUCAAUACCCAUUUAGGCAGAGAGCAAUCGCGUCGUGAUGAUCUAGAAGCCCUAGGUCAUGUUUUCAUGUACUUUUUACGCGGUCAGCUGCCAUGGCAAGGUCUCAAAGCCGCAACAAACAAGCAAAAGUAUGAGAAAAUCGGUGAAAAGAAGCAAAGCACUCCAGUAAAGGAUCUAUGUCAGGGCUUCCCGGAGGAGUUUGGCAUCUAUCUACAAUACGUUCGUAAGUUAGGCUUUGAGGAGCUACCAGAUUACAAUUUCUUGCAAGAGCUAUUCAAUAAGGUGAUCAGAAAUGGUGGUCAUACCGAUGAUACUGUAUAUGAUUGGAAACUUUUGAACGACGGUAAAGGAUGGGAGACAAUCGAAAGAAAACCAAAACCCACACCGUUGAUGCUUACCUAUCCUGAUCCAGAGUAAUAGAUAUUCCCCAUCUCCCCUCCCCCUUCAUCUUGUAAUUUACUACUUCACACGCACAUGUAUACUUCAGAGCAAACCAUUAACAGCAUCUUUUCUUGCGAUUCAACCAA